CACUUCCGGGAAAUGGCCUCUAAGUCUUGGCUGAAUUUUUUAAUCUUCCUCUGUGGAUCAGCAAUAGGAUUUUUUUUAUGUUCUCAGCUAUUUAGUAUUUUGUUGGGAGAACAGGGUGACACGCAGCCUAAUAUUCUUCAUAAUGAUCCUCAUGCUAGGCAUUCUGAUGAUGAUGGACAGAAUCAUCUAGAAGGACAAAUGAACUUCAAUGCAGAUUCUAGCCAACAUAAAGACGAGAACACAAACAUCGCUGAGAACCUCUAUCAGAAAGUUAGAAUUCUAUGCUGGGUUAUGACAGGCCCUCAAAAUCUAGAGAAAAAAGCCAAACACGUCAAAGCUACAUGGGCCCAGCGUUGUAAUAAAGUGUUGUUCAUGAGUUCAGAAGAAAAUAAAGACUUCCCUACUGUGGGAUUAAAAACCAAAGAAGGCAGAGAUCAACUAUAUUGGAAGACAAUUAAAGCUUUCCAGUAUGUUCAUGACCAUUAUUUAGAAGAUGCUGAUUGGUUUAUGAAAGCAGAUGAUGACACAUAUGUCAUAUUAGACAAUUUAAGAUGGCUUCUUUCAAAAUAUAACCCUGAAGAACCCAUUUACUUUGGGAGAAGAUUCAAGCCCUAUGUAAAGCAGGGCUACAUGAGUGGAGGAGCAGGAUAUGUACUAAGCAAAGAAGCCUUGAGGAGAUUUGUUGAUGCAUUUAAAACAGAAAAAUGUACACACAGUUCCUCCAUCGAAGACUUAGCACUGGGGAGAUGCAUGGAAAUCAUAAAUGUAGAAGCAGGAGAUUCCAGAGAUACCACUGGAAAAGAAACUUUUCAUCCCCUGUACCAGAAAACCAUUUAAUCAAUUGUACCAGAACACCAUUUAAUCAAAGGUUAUCUACCCAGAACCUUUUGGUACUGGAAUUAUAAUUAUUAUCCUCCUGUAGAGGGUCCUGGUUGCUGUUCUGAUCUUGCAGUUUCUUUUCACUAUGUUGAUUCUACAACUAUGUAUGAGUUAGAAUACCUCGUUUAUCAUCUUCGUCCAUAUGGUUAUUUGUACAGAUAUCAACCCGCCUUACCUGAGAAUAUACUAAAGGAAAUAAGUCAAGCAAACAGAAAUGAAGAUCCAAAAGUAAAAUUAGGAAACCCCUGAAAGGAAAACAUGAAUGAACAGAGGUAAAAUGUCUAGCAUUGCACUGAACAAGGACUUCUGCAUUUCUGACAUAGAACACUGGAAUCCCAGUGAGGAAUUCUUUCUAAGUGAACAUUCCAUAUAGAAAUCUUUCAUACGAAUGACUGUAAAGUGAAGCUUUAAAUGAGCUGUGAAGUCUGCUUAAAUGUUUCUUUGAUACAUUAAUUUAUAAAUAUAUAAUAUGAAGAACUUGUGUUUUUAAAAUGGUGACCAGGUAGAGGAACUAGAAAUUUUGUUGCCUGUUCCUGACCAUGUGUAUUAUUGUCACUGAGAAACAGUUAAAUUUGCUAAAACUACACUGCACCAUGUUAAUAACACACACAUGAUGCUAAACAGAUCUGCCUUAAAAUUUUUAAAGGAAUUAUUGUUGCUCAAUGUUGUUUAUAAACUCAAGAAAUGAGUUUAUAUUUGCAGUCUGAUAUAAAUGAACACACAGUUUUUGUCUAAUGAAAAUUUUGCUGUGAUUCUUUAUAAUUGGCAGUAUUUCUUCCAGAAGAAGGUAAAAUAAAAAUGGCACUUUUCCUAAAGUGCAUUAAUAAAACCACAUUUUGAAAUUAUCAUGGGCCUUGACUAUAUUGUAUACUUGGUUCUAAUUAGUAGUUAAUCUUUUACUGAGUCCCUAUUGUCUCUUUUCUAAAUGUGUUUAACCACUCUUGAAUACCAUUCUCCACUAUUAAUAUUUAUUUACUCAAAGCAUUAAUAGCAUUCUGUAAACAUGCAUUUAAAAAUAUUUUGUUCCCAAAUUUACCCAUUGUUAAUUAUGGGUAACUAAUAAAUAGUAACUUUAAUGCUGUUUGGGGAUGCUUUUCUUAUAUCAGUGCCACUCUCAGGAAUUACUAAAUAACACUUUUAAUUGACGAUUUAAAACCCUUUCCAACUACAUAAUUAUAGUUCCUUUCAUUCUCAUCUUGUUGAGAGAUGAGAACUUGUUUGUGCCUUUCAUACCUUGUUUGAACUUGUUUGUGCCUUUCAUACCUUGUUUAAAACCGAGUUUUAAGAUUCAUUUUUAGGAUCUGAGGUGGCUAUUAGUUACGCUAGUAAAAUACUUUGAAUGCAAGAUUUUGACCAGAGUUAAUUAAAAACAUUAGAAAAUGUAGAGUGCUUAAACAAAGUAAAAUGUCAUAAUUAAAAGUCCAAAUAAUUUAUAUAUAAUAGCCUGAAGUUUGAUCCUGACUUACUAUUUUGGGAUAACUGUUUUACCAGUGGAUAAUUCAAACAAAGCAGGAAUACCCAUUCGAGACUGACGUCAAAAACACAUUCACAAAUGUUUCAUUCUAAUUUUAACAACUCCCUGUUUAAAGAGUUUCUGGAAGGAAAGAAAAUGUUUAAUUUUUGUUGUCUUUAGCAACUGAGUGUAUCAUAGAAUAUUUUACAGACUUUCUGUAAGAUUAUUUUUAAUGUUAAAUGAUCUACAUUUUCUUAUGUUUAUCACCACUGACUCUGCUGUUUAGCUGAAUAAUUUAUAUUUGUGCCAAAACAUGUCAAAAUUAUGACCUCUUUGGAUUGUAUAUUUGAGAGGAUAUUCAUUUCAGUGGCUAAUUAUGGAUUACUCUGUCCACAUAGUGAAGACACACACACCAAUUUUACCUAUUAAAUUGUUUUUCGUUGUUUUCAUGUUGGUAUUAUCUGCCAGAAAUUUAAGGCAUUCAUCCUUUGAAUAACUCUUCACCAUGGUGGGGACAUGAAUUUAUUUGUGGUCCAUGUAUGCUACUUUUCUUUACUAGAAAUAUAAAUGGUUUAUCAUAAACAUCCAAAAACCUUAAAAUUUACUCAUAGGAAAUUAAUGUUGUAACGAAUCCUGGACUCUGGAGUCAAACUGCCUGGGUUUAAAUUCUUGCACCAUCAUUUAGUAUUUUUGAAUCUUGAGCAAUUUGCUUAAUCUCUCUGUGUCUCAAUUUUCUCAUCUGUAAAUUAGGGUUAAUAAUACUACCUACCUCACAGGAUUUUUAUGAGGAUUAAAUAAGUUAAUAUAUGUAAGGCUCUUAGAAUAUUGACUGGCCCAGAAUAGGGAGCAAUAACUAUAAGGUUUCAUUAUCACUCUGUUACCUUGGAGUGUAAAUAUUUCAUUUAAAUGAAUGAAAAAUCUGCUUUGAUCAAAUGAGAUACUGAAGGAAAUAUUUUACACAUUUCUUAUAAUAAUAAGUAAUAGCUAGUAUUUAUCUAGUGCGUACUGUAUAUAUGCCAGGUACUGUGCUUUUAGAUACUCCGUGUACAUCCUCCAUGUACAUUUGUGUUAAUCCUCACAAAUUGGGUAUUAUUCCCAUGUUAUAGAUGAGGAAACUGAGGCUCAAAGAAUUAAAGUAACUUUUCCACUGUCACAAGCCUAGUAUGUAGCAGAGCUAGGAUUUAUACUCAAAACUUGUGUAUUCAUUUGUACCAUGUCAAGCUUGGGGUUAGUCAUUUAACAUUAUUUCCAUUUUCACUUCUAUGAUGUGUGACAUCUGAUACAUUGGCCAGUGAUAGUCAAAUUAAAUUAACCAGCCAAAUUGUCACCAUGAUUCUUAAAUUGUGGUUCUCAUAUUCUUGUCGUCAAGCUUGUUAAAAUGCAGACCUAAAAACCCCAACCCCAGAAGUUCUGAUUUUAGCACGGGGCCCAGGAGUAUGCAUUCUUACGGAAAUACCCUAUGGCAGUGGUUGUCAAAGUGUGGUCCCAAAACACAGAGUCAGCAUCCCUUGGGAAUUUGUUAAAAAUGCAACCUCCCUUAGGCCCCACCCCAGACUACUAAAUCAGAAACUCUAGAAGUAGAGGCUAGCAGUUGUGUUUAAACAAAGCCCUACAGGUGAGUCUUAUUCAUCCUAGUUUGAGAACCAUUGCCCAACUACCUACAUGAUUCUGAUGCAAAUAGUCUUUGAACACACUGAAGAUUACUUCCUUGUGAGUAAGGUAUUUUUCAGAGACAUGUUUUAAAUCUGUAAUCCAGGAUCACACUACAUUAAAGGUAAAAUGCUUUAAAGAUAAUUUAAAGGGUCAAUGGAUCAUUUAUUUUGACAAAAUUCUUUAGCAUCUCUACAGUGACUAAUAUCAAGGCCGACAGUAAAAUGUGUAAAUCUCCAAGUUUAGUAAUUUCACACUGGGGUAGGGAAGAGUUCAUUAAGAACUGAUUAGUACACACUAAUUCAUUAAAAGCAUACAUAAAUGAGUGUCAUUUAAAAUGUCCACAAUUGUUAGUAAAAAAAAUUUUAAAUAGAGGUAGCAUAAUGCUAUUUUAUAAUAGAGCAUUUUUCUACUAAUUCAUACUAUCAAAAUUUCAUCACUUUCAAGAAUCAUUUCACUCUCCUAAUAUGACCUUAUAAAGCAAAAAAAAAUUCUCCAGGUGUUUGAUAGAGCACAUAAAACCAGAUUUCAUAAUGAUAAUGAUUUAUUUACCAUCUUUUAGAUUAAGAUCUUUGUCAUUUGGAUAAAUUAUUUUAGUGUGGUCUUAAAACAUAAAGCUUAUCAUGUCAUGUCUUAUGUUGUCCAAUAACAGUAUGCUUGUAUUUUCUAGUGGGAAGUUCGUAGAUUCUAAACAGGUUUUUGUCCCAGAGUUCAAUUAUUUGUUUUCAGAUACCUUAAAUUUCAGAGGAGUGUUUGUUACUGUAGUAAGAUUUUAAAAUAAAUCACUGGUUUUUGAUAUUUUUUGAAUAUGGUAAUUGGACUUGAGCAUUAAAUUUGCUAACUGGUUAUUUUCGUUAAGUGUUUCUUGAUUUUUCACUUCUUUGAGCCUAUAUUAUUACCAGAUUGAAACACUAUUGUAUUUGAAAAAAAUCUCGAUUAGAGCAUAUCUAGCCUUUUAUUCUUCAUUUAAAUUCACUCAUUUAAUAGUGUAAUGUUCAUUACACUAUUAUUGUUUUUAACAAUUUCUGCUUUGUAUUUAGUACCCUUUUUUAUUUCCUUUAUAACUAACUUCCCUUUUCUAGCUGCUCUUAGUGCUACCUUCACAAGGUUAAUUUGGCUGUUAUUAGUAUUAGAAUUUGUAUCACUUACUGAUAAUUUUAUAUCUACUAACUUUAGAUUUCCCUAUGAGGCUAUAAGUAAAAUAUGUCUAAGAGCAAUGGCUGCUGACUCUCAGGACACUUGCCCUACUUAAAAAUCUACAAUUUUCAACUAAUUCUACAUCUACAGUUAUUAAAGGAAGUAGAGUUAUUUCAAUCCCCUUUUCUAAAAAACAUACAAAACUUAUUUGCUUCAUUUCUCUACUUCUUUAUAGUAGGCCGAACAGAAGCAUAGUUAAGAAAUCUGGGGGACAUACUGUGGUAUAUUUCAUGCUUUGAUGUAACCUCUAUUGAUAAGAAAAUGAAUGUUUAUAUAUCAGAGUUUAAAUAGAAAUUUUAGCCAGAUUGGAAUGAGAAAUUUUGCAAAUUCUCUUUAGAGAAACCAACUCUAAAACUAAUUUUAGAGUCGAAUUGUGCUGUAUUUCAACUCCCUUACCUCUCUAGUUUUCAGUUUAUAUUAGUUAAGUUUGAAUAAUUUUGCAGGGCCCUGCUAAAUUAAUAAUCUACAUGAAGUGUAUUAUUAGAGGGGAACUAAUCUUACUGCUAAGCAGUGUGUUGUAUUACAUAGAGAAUGUUUGUGUUUUGGAAUUUAAAAAUUAUUUAAGGUUAAUAGUGUCAUGAAUGGUUUAAAAAUGUCUGGUGACUUGCUUAUUUUAAGUGAUCACCAUUAAGUCAGGAAAAUGUAUUUUUAAAUAUGUUUUUAAAGUGCCUUUUGAACAUUUUUAAACAUAAGAUUUAAACAACUGCAUAAAAUAAAUGACCAUGUUCAAAGUU